AUGCCGGUCGGCCCCCGGUCCAUUCGUUGGAGCUUCUUGCAGCCUUUUGAUCUUUGGGUCAGCGAUCGCCUCUAUGGCCUGUCCCGGCUACAAGGCGGAAUGACGGGCGGGGCCCAUGGGCCUCAACGGUUGCGCACUGCUUUCGGCAUCAAGAUGAGAUCGAACGAGAAGCCAGGCUUGCAUCUUCCGUUCGAACACCCACAACUUGAGCGAGUGAGGAUGUUUGUGAAGUCGGCUGCUGCCAAACGCAAAUGCCACGAACGCCUGAUAUUGAAUUUCGACCAAGUGGUGCUCCUGGGAGAUUCGGAUGCGGGAAAGUCCUCCCUGGUCUUGCGCUAUACCCAUGACAGAUUUGAUGCCGGGAUUCUUCCCACGGUAGCCAUGGACUACAAUGUAAAGAAGGUCCGAGUGCACGACCAGAUGUUGAAGUUGAAGUUGUGGGAUACAGCCGGGCAGAGUCGCUUUCAGAGUUUGAUUCCCAUGUACAUUGCGGAGGCGGACGUGUUGCUCAUUGUGUAUGACAUCACCAAGACAGAGUCCUUCGCUUGCGCCAGGCGUUGGGUGGAGAGCAUCCAGAAUGGCCUGGGUCCUUCGGGCGCGCUACUGGCGUUGGUGGCCAACAAGGCAGACCAGCGCCCCCGCGCGGUGCCGGCGGACGAGGUGCAACAAUUCUGCAAGGAAAGGAAGAUGAUCUUCGCCGAGACCAGCGCAAAGACAGGUGAAAAUGUCUCGGCGCUCUUUGCCGAAAUUUCGGAGCAACUUCCAGGACGCCCCAAAGUGUUGCCUCAGAGGCUGGGAAUGAGCUUGGAUUCGGAUGAAGAAGAGCCGCAGAUGGCUCAUCCUCCACGACCCAGACGCUUCUGUUUCUUCCCAAACUGGCCUUGA